UUGAUAUGACCGUAGCACCUCUUGGCCAAACUUUUGAGAGAAGGAAAAUAAUGGACUUCAGUUACCCAAUAGGUUAUGACAUCGGCGCUGGUGUGUACCGUCUACCAGACCUAGAAGCUUCAAGAUGGCAGCUCUACCUCCAGCCAUUAUCGUUAUAUGUCCAUCUUUGCCUUGUCACCUCAUUCCUGUUGCUGAUCCUACUUCUGUAUACAACGCGUCACUGUCCGAUGGCCACUAGAGGAGGAGAGGACGUAUCGGACACGUGGCUCCUAGUGUUUGGUUUGAUGAUACGACAAAGUCUUUCUGUAAAUCAGAUGAGGGCCUCUAGUAACAUCCUUUUCAGUUUUAUCUGUGUGUUUGGGGCGAUAACAAGUGCCAUCUACUGCAGCAAUAUGAUAGCUUUUUUCACGGUUUCAAAGCAAAUGGUACCGUUCUCAACCUCAGAGGAAAUGGUACAACAAAACACUUACAAGUGGGGAACACUCGGUGGAUCUCUGUGGAGCGAUUCAUUUAGCGUUUCCAAAGACCCGGUUCAUCAAAGCUUUUGGCAAAGUGUCAUAAACUUCAAUAAAAGUGACUCGGAUGUACUCCAUGCCUCCGAGCUGGUGCACAAGAGGAAGGUGUUGGCGGGAAAAUAUGUCUUUGUAGUUGAAUCUGACAUACUUAAGACAUGGCUGCAAGAUGACAGUUCAUUGAAGCUGAUUCCAGAUGUAGGUUUCCCUAUGCAGUACGCCCUUGGUCUACCAUUGCAUUCACCAUUUACAAAGACCGUUUCGGAUUGGUUAAUAACCUUCUCCGAAAGAGGCCUGUAUGAUGUCUGGAGAAGAAAAUGGAUGUCAAAAGAUGAUUCUUGCUCAAAGCAGCGCGAGAUGAAAGGCAAAACUGUCACAGUCAUCGACUUACAAGGUUCAUUUAUUGUCCUUGGAAUUGGAAGUUUUAUGGCCGUUUUGUCAUUGAUGAGCGAGAUUUGGUGGGCACGUGUCAGGGAUAGCAAGAGACAACGACCAUGACUGAGACGUGCAUGUUUGUGACACUUGUUAAUGACCAUCUCUUGAAGAAACAGGUGGUAUGAGCCGAGACUCUACUGCUUGCUGUUCAUAUUUAGAAUUGAAACGUUUGGACAUCUACAGCUUCUGUGAGAUUAAAAAGGAAUUGGUUUGCAAGAAAAUAAUCAUACCAAAAGAUGACAUAUAACAGGUGUUAUCUGUAUCAUACUGGAAUGUGUAACAAAAUAUAAUAAAUCUACCCAUGUACAA